CAUGUGCCUUCCCAUGUGACAGAGGAACCCUGGGUGCCAUCAGCCUUUCCUCAGAUAAGAGCCUGCAGCAGCCCCCCUGGCCUUGCGGUGACAGUCGGGCCCCAGCCGUCUACACGUGACCAGCCAACUGAGCACCACGUGACCAGCCAUCGGAGCACCACAGUGGAGCCAGAGGUCCCAAAUCCCCACAAUACAAGCAGUGGUAGCUCAGGUCACAGCAUGUGCCCUUUCCUGGUGACACUUGAGCAGAGAGAAGUGGCAAGGCAGCAGUGGUGGCAGGCCUAUAUUUGGGCUUACCCUGGAGGCAGGCCUGUUGCUAUUUGCGGGUUGAGCCAUCUCCUGUUACUGUGAGGUCUUUGCUGCCCCACUUGCGGAAAGCUGGUGUCAGACAGGCAGGGCCCAGGCCUGGGCACACAGAGGUCACCCAAGAAAGGAUGCCUGCUGAACCCGGAUUCCAUUUCUAGCAGCAAUUCAGGGCCUUCCCAUGAAAAAAACAAUUUAUGGACCCUUAAAUUAGCAGCCCCCCUGGACAUUCACUAUUAAUUGUAGAGAAACCCCAGGGUUUCCAGAACCACGAUGGAGGAGGAAGCUGGGGAGGCCCCGCGGCUGGGUGGGCCCACGGCCCCCAAGGACUUGCGGUUUUAUCACAGGGAUCUGUACGACUCCGAAGACAGACUGCGCAUCUUCCCAGAAGACACCCGAAUGCAAAGAGAAGUUGUCCAAGCAGAAAUGUCCAGGAAGCCAGGAGGGGCGGCGAGAGGCACGGCUCAAAGAAACCUUGAGGAGGAAGUGGAUGAACUGGUCCACUUAUAUGGACUUGAAGAUGAUCACGAGCUGGGGGAUGAGUUUGUUGGCGAAAACGCCCUCAGGGCGGGGGUUUCGGAAUACCCUCCUUACGCGCCGAGGAGGAGGGACCCAGCGCGGGAGCAGAGAGACUGGCACCUGGGCGGGGCGCCGGCCGAGGCCGAGGACCUGGGCUUGGCGGGCUGGAGCCCGGCAGCCCCGUGCCAGGACCUGCGCGACGCCUACAGGUACGUCCAGGGGCGCGCCAGCGAGGAGUACGAGUGCUACGUCAUCCCGGAGGAGGAGGACGAGGAGGAGGCUGCCGACGUCUUCUGCGCCACUUGCAGAAAGCCAAUAAGAGCUUUCGAGAAGGUUUUUGGUGAACACAAGGACCACGAGGUGACCCCACUCACUAAAGCACUGGAAAGCGCCAAGGGUGAAAUUCACAAAAACAUGUACAAAUUGGAAAAGCAGAUUAUCGAGAUGGAAAAUUUUGCAAGUCACUUGGAGGAGGUUUUCAUCACCGUGGAGGAGAAUUUUGGAAGACAAGAACAAAACUUUGAGUCACAUUACAAUGAAAUCUUGGAAACACUUGCUCAGAAAUAUGAAGAAAAGAUACAAGCUCUAGGGGAGAAAAAGAAAGAGAAGCUGGAAGCCUUGUAUGGACAGCUGAUCAGCUGUGGAGAAAACCUUGACACCUGUAAAGAGCUGAUGGAAACAAUAGAAGAGAUAUGUCAUGAAGAGAAGGUUGAUUUCAUAAAGGAUGCAGUGGCUAUGGCUGACAGACUUGGAAAGUUCCUGAGAACAAAAACAGAUGUGGAAAUCUCUGCCCAGCCUGACUUUGAAGACCAGACUCUGGACUUCUCUGAUGUGGAACAGCUGAUGGAUUCCAUCCACUCCAUCCCAGCUCCUUCUGCUCCAGUGAUAAAUCCACAGGUCCCCAACUCAGCCACAGGUUCCUCGGUCCGAGUGUGCUGGAGCUUAUAUUCUGAUGACACCGUGGAGAGCUAUCAGCUGUCCUACCGGCCAGUGCGGGAUGGCUCGCCCCGGGAGGACCAAGCAGAGUUUACAGUGACUGUCAAAGAAACAUAUUGCUCAGUGACAAACCUUGUUCCAAACACCCAGUAUGAAUUUUGGGUCACAGCUCAGAACAGGGCUGGCUCCAGCCCCACCAGUGAGUGCGCCGUGUACAUGACAGCACCUUCUCCCCCCAUUAUAAAAAGCAAAGAGAUAAGGAGCUGCGAAGAGGCUGCGCUGAUCUGCUGGGACUCUGGGAACCUGAAUCCCGUGGACUCGUACACGGUGGAGCUGACCCAAGCAGAGACGCCGGAAGCCUCGGGUGUCACUGAGUCUGUUGUGGGUAUCCCGAACUGCGAGUCCCUGGUGCAGCUGCAGCCCAGGCAGAGCUACACAAUCUACGUGCGGGCCCUCAACGUGGGGGGCCCCAGCGCAAGGAGCAAGCCUGCUACUGUCCACACUACAGGCAGCUUCUUUCACCUAAACAAGGACACGUGCCAUCCUUGGCUGACCAUUUCCGAAGAUGGGUUUACCGUUGUACGAAGUGAAAGGAAAGCCCCAGCAAAGGAGCCACUACCCAGCAACUCCUGCUUUACCAGAUGUGUUGCUGUCAUGGGAAAUCUAAUUCCAGUCCGGGGGCGCCAUUACUGGGAGUUUGAGGUGGAUGAGUGUUUGGACUACACGGUUGGUGUGGCCUUUGAAGAUGUCCCUAAACAGGAGGACCUUGGAGCAAACUGCCUCUCCUGGUGCAUGCGGCACACAUUUGCAUCAUUAAGGCAUAAGUACGAGUUUCUGCACAACAGGACAACUCCAGAUAUAAGAAUAACAGUUUCCCCAAAGAAGAUUGGCAUUCUGUUAGACUAUGAAAAUUCAAAAUUGUCGUUUUUCAAUGUGGAUAUUUCUCAGCAUCUCUACACAUUCAGUUGUCAGUUUCACCGAUUUGUGCACCCUUGUUUUUCUUUGGAAAAGCCUGGGUGUCUAAAGAUACAUAAUGGCAUUUCAAUGCCAAAGCAUGUCACUUUCUAUUAGACCAUUCUGAUGCCCAGUUUGCUCUCUCUCUGUUCUGUGCCUACUCCUCUCUCAGCCACUCACACCUCAACUGGCUGAACUUAACAUUCAGGCACCGUGCACCCAGCACAAUGUGUGUCUCUUGGUAUGAUCUGGCAGACUGGUGUGCUGGCAUUCAUUUCACCAGACCUGGAUUCUUACCCUAUGCACUUCCUGUGUGAUUCUAGGUUAGUCAUUACCAGUCCUAACUGUAAAAUGAGGAAUCAGACUAACUGAAUAAUUAAAAAAUGCAUAUGUGUAUAUUAAAAAAUAUUCUCAGCUACUGAAAUAUUUAGUGCAAGGAAGGAAGCAGGAUACCACAGUAAAGGCAGGUUUGAAUUCAGGGUUCUAAUAGGCUUUACAGGUUACUUUACAUAUUCUUCCACAAAACACUGUAACUUGUCAGACAUGUAAGAAGUUCCAACCACAGGAGACAAGUGAGCUGCUCAGGGGGAAUUCUAAUUGGCUCCAGAAUAAAUGAAUAAAAACAACAAGGUUAUAAUAAAAUUUUAUUUGACCAAGCAAAAACAGUAUAAAAUUGGAUUUGACAUUUAAAAUCCACUUAAACAAGGCAGAUGAGUAUCCUCAAACAUCACAAUCACUCAGCAUAAAGAAGCUUUGUUUAAAGAUUUUUCUUAUCUUCUAAAGGAAGGAAAAAUAAAUCCAGAAAGGAAUCAAACUUCUGUGUUUGGGUAAAAUAUUCCAGUUCUUUAAAAUAUCAUGAAUAAUCUGCUGACAUUAAAUUUCAGCAAGCAGCAGGAUUACCUUAAGGCCAUGUUCACCUGCAACCUGCUGAUAAAUCUGUUAAAAAACAAAACAAACAGUUUUUAAAAAUCAGACUGUAGCCACAAACUUGUUUAUAUGAUUAAGGGUUCUUCCCAAAUCCCUUAUGCUGGACAGUUAAAAGAUACCAAAAUCUGUUCUUUUCUUAACUUUACUUGUAUCACUUUAUACCUCUUGAGCAAGACUUAACAUAAGCUUCAGCUUCCCCAUCCUUAACAAAGGGGAAAGAAUAUAUGUAAAACAACUACAGAAUCUUGGUGUAAACUAACUUGAAUUCAGUAAUUCAGAACAUUCAGAAUUUAAGACACCCUCAUUAGAUGGAACUGGAAAGUUGGUUAGAGACUUGGGAUUUCUAGUAAAACUAGUAAAAUUAAAUUUUUUUUAUUUGAAAAAGUAUCUGUUUAAUAACUGACUUCCUGUUGGUUUAAACAAUGAUAUGCAAUCACUUGUACACAUCCAAUAAAAUGUUUCUGCGGCAUGUGCCUGGUCAUCAGUAUAAAGCAGAGCAAAUGCAUGGGCACUGGGGCCUUUUUCUUAAUACUUCUCACCCUCCAAAUUGUGUUAAAAUCAUAACCUUAGAGAUCCAAAGCCUAACUGGAAGCUGCCUGCACUUCCACUGGGAUGUGCUCUCCAUAAAUGAGUCUAUGUUUGUCUCUAUCCAAAAAACCUCCUGGACUCUGUAAAGGCUGCACUGCAGGAGAGGUCCUCUCCUCUAGUUUCCAAAACAAUUUCUACAAUGUCUUAUCACUUUCCUGUCAGUUGGUAGAGUAAGAUUCUCAUGGGUUCACUAUGUCUUUCUCUACUCUUUCUCUUCUAUAAACUUACUAUUCCUAUUUACUACAGUAAGACAAUGGAAGAUGUAUAAUUGCUGUUGGUAGAUAAGUAGGUCUUGAAUAUAUUUUGCAAACAAGACCUGUUCUAUCUACCUUUUCAUCUAGGAGGCUAAAAGUAGAAUCGGCUUGACUUCAAGGACUCUAUAUUCUUAAGUCUCCAGAAAAACAUGACCAAGUCCAGCUUUUGAAGCACUGUCCUCUAGCAUGUCAAGAUAUGCAAGGAAAUAUAAUUUUAUAACUUUCGUAACUUCAAACUUUAAGAGAUUUGAACCCUUAUAUAUACAUGCUUCACUGCAACCAAUGGCUAAUGAAUCUAAACACAAGAUAAGAGUUUGUGAUUUGGAAAGAAGCCCUUGGGCACAGGAACUACCCCCAAGUUAGUCAUUCUUUCAGAGCCUUUAUUAAACAGAUGCUGGUUCUUGUCAAGUACAUCAUGUCCUGCUACUUUACUGCUUGUUUUCUGCUAUUUCCAACCCCCGAAAAAAAAAUUAAAAUCUAUCUCACUGAUU